UCGGAUUCUGGAAUUUUGCAACAGGUCUAUACAUUUUCUCAUUUGUCUCAUAAAAACCUUAAGUGGUUGGCGUUUCAGAAGUGAGGUUUAUUCCACAGUUGAGGAAAUUUGAGGUUCAUUUGUGUGCAUAAUCACACAGCAAAUCCAUAAUUGAACGCCAGUCUUCUCUCUCACAAACUCUCUCCUUUAUUGCAACCUUAAAUUGGGCACGAUAUCCAGACCAGACAGAUAAUGCAAAAAUUCUCUCCAUUACGGAAACAGGGAAACUGGAAGCAGAGCGGAACUGAUUUUUGCAAGAGAAGUGCAGGAAAGUGUCCCGGAGCGCCGAUAGGAAUUCACUUCAAAGCCAUUCUCUCACAUUCCGCGAGAUUCCUGCACCGCCUUUUAGCACCCGACAACUCAGGGCUCGGCUUAACCUGCCACACCCUAUCCCAUCCCCUCAGCGUCCGAUAGGGAGCUAAAGGAUUCGCAGUCUUUCAGCGCGCAUCUUCCCUAAGUCAACCCGAGAUGAGCCUGGGAGGGGCGGAGGAAGCAUGUGAUUUGUCCGGCCCCCAGCAGCGCCGCCCACCCCAGACUGUAAACUGGAGAGCCCUGGGCACUGAGAGUCAAAACCAGAUUAUAUCAGAUUAUUAAGACAAACACCUCGGGACCCCGGCGGGGCCAGGUGCGGAAAGGAUGGAUGCCCGGGUCCCGUACUCUUAACUCUGGUGAGUCAGGGCAAAAAAGACAAUUUUUUUAAAAAAAGUAAAAUAAAAAGGAAAAGCGGGGAGCCCUGGGCCUUGGCUAAACUGGACGCGGGGUCCAGCAGGAGAUGAACUCAGUGCGGCGCCGUCCCGGGCACCGCACCGAGCUAGCCUUGGCCCCUCUAAUCCCAGGUUCCCGCGAGCCGGGCACCUGCAUGGAGAGGAGAGAAGAACGAUGAAGAAGAGCUCAGCUCGGACCACGUCCGAGGGCGGCGGCCGGUGCCUUCGUGUCCCUGCCUCUCUAAGAGUUUAGCGGGAAAACUGUUCAGCUCCGGCUCUUAAAACCCUAGGAACCGCAGCAACAACAAGGAGGAGGAGCAGCAAUCUACCUCUCUUAAGUAUGGCGAAAGAAGAGUGCAAAGUGCUCCUGGACGCCUUGAACCGGGUGACAGCCUGCUAUCGGCACAUGGUCCUCAGCGUGGGCGGCACCGCGGACUCCCAGAACCUGCGCGAGGAGCUGAAGCAGACGCGGCAAAAAGCGCACGAUUUGGCAGUGGCCAACAGGAACAACCUCACCGCGGCCCUGAAGGACAAGACCGUCAGCAAGGAGGACAAGGCUGAGUUCGAGCGCCUCUGGGUGAUUUUCUCUACAUGCUUGGAGAUUUUGGAGACCGACAUGAAGCGAGCCCUAGAGCUAGGGCUGGAGUUUCCCCUGAAUGUGCCCAAGAAGCACCUCAUUCAGACGGGCUUGUCCGGAGGCACGGCGGGUGUGGCUGCAAGAGCCAUGAGCGUCCAAAACAUGAAGUACGAGGCCGAACACAAUAUCGAUGAAGUGGAUCUGAAGGAUCUGGAACAAGAGAUCCACAAGGUGGGAGAGAUGAUGUAUGAGAUGGAGAUGAAAGUGAACGUACCCCAAUGGACCGUGGAGGCGAAACAGGAUCCCGGGGCAGAGCUCAAAUCCACGAUCAGUACAGGAGCUUCCUCUGGGGGUUUCAUCUCCGUGGAAGAGAGAAAAGGCUUUUGUGACAUUAGCAAACUUCUGGCUGCGAUUAUUUUCAGUGCUGUGCUCAUCAUAGCUGUUAUCUUGGCAGUGUGUGUGGUGAAAUUGUCCUAAUGGAAAUGGGGGGCUUAAUCACAGACUGAUGGAUACUUCCCCCAUCCCCCAUCAAAACUUAUUUUCCAUUGGAAGACCAAAGUGGUUGGGUUUCUGUGUAUUUUAAUGUAAGGGCUACGGAUGUCUAAUACAAUGAAUCUAUGUGUUUUUUAAGUACACUUCAGACUCUACAAAACAAUGUUUGCUUUCUGGAUCUGGCAGAGUUAAUUUUGCACAAAUUAUCUGGGUAUUAUAGCUAACAGCUAGAAGAGAUUUACCUGCUAUUAAUAGAAGACCUAUCACAACGACCCCAAAUUACCUCUCUUUAAUAGGUUAUUAUGUGCUGCUGGUUCAUGUUUACAAAGUGUCUGAAAUUGACACCCUUGUGUAUAAUUUGGGGAAAAAUACUCUGGGUCGUUUUUUUUUUCUUUUUCUGAAAGGAAUAGUAGAUAGGAAAUAAGCAAUUUUUAUCUUAAUCCUUCAGGCCUUAGUUUAGGAGAAUGUGCAAAUAGUGAUCCACAGUAAAUGGUGCCUGAUUGAUUGUACUCUUUGGCCAGGUUUCUCGUUAGUCACAAAAAAAGCCAAACUAGAUCAGUAGAAAAAGUUAUCAUCGUCUCACAAGAUUGUUCUUCCUUAAAUUACAGGUACUCUAUUCCAGUUGAGCAUGCCCUUUAAUGUAGAUUGGUUAAAAUGCACAUUAAUCAAAUAAAUUUCACUCAGGAAGGAAAAAAAUGGAAAGUCAUUUUAAUAGACUUUGGUGGUGAGCAAAACAUAAUUAAAAUUGACACUUUCUCCUUCACUCUAGUUUGUCUUUGUUCCAUAGCUAGACUAGAGCUGCUGUCCACACAAGGGGGGAAGGGGAAAUCCUUUUCUAAAUCCUAAUCCUAUAAUCCUUAGCAGCAAAAUGCUGUAGUGAGACCAGUAAUAUUUUAGUAUGUUUAAGGGGAUGUCAGGUCCUCCAACUUUAAUGUAAACUACAAGAAAUGAAGGUACAUUUUAUGUCCACAAUGUCCAAUCACAAUCUUGACAAAAAUUAAUUUAGAUCACUACUAACAGGAAUCAUGAAAUAUCACUA